UAUAACAUACGUCAAGCAACGUCAUUUAUUGUUUAAAUUUAUUGUGGAAACUGUUAAAAAUCUCAUUAAAUUUAUAAAAGAUACUAUAAUAUUUUGUUUUAUAAUAAAUUUCUGUAAUGCGCAGGCGUGGGCAACAUUUUGUUUAAACAUGGGAAGAUGUUACCGCGUGUUGGCCGCUACGACCGGCAGGUUGUGAACAGGAGGCUUCUCGCGUCAUUGUUCGCCGCUACGAAGCUCGUGCACAGUGCCGCUGUAAUGAAUGAGAACAUUGAUCAUCACACAGUACAGAAAGUAAUGUUGGGACAUGGUUUUAAUAUAAGACAACCCACGCCUACGCCAAGUAUGUUUGAAAAUUUGGACCCCAAAAGCGCGCUGGAGACGUUCAGCGUUUGGCUACGGGAGCAUGAAGAGGGACAGGUAAUGCUGGCAAGUGUGAUCGUGGUGAUCGGGAUCUGGUGGUUCGUGCGCACCAUCCUGUCGUUGGUCCUCAAUCUGAUCUGCCCGCUUUUGGUCGUGACCUUGGCUGUGAUUUGUGUACCGCAACUGCGACGCCCGCUUAUGGGUGAGAAUUAUCCACUACUCGCAAACCUCCUGAGAAACAUCUUGCUGAAGUUAGCUGAGAACUUAAGAACCUGACGGUUGACGAGGACAUAUAAAUGGAUUGCAAUUCAAUCCUCGACGAAUCCGUAACAAAAACUCUUCCAUUUCCAACAUAAAUUGCAAUGAAUAAGAUGAAUUCACACAUUCAUCAGUCGAGACUGGAAUAUGUAAGUGCCUGUAAAUUGUAAAAGCGUGUAAAUAUGAAAUUCGCAAAGUAGUAAAUGCCUCAAAUUUGA